UCAAAAAAAAAAAAAAAAACGGAGCAGAGCAUAUCCUCUGUAUCAAGAACCUCAAUUCUCUCCUACAAAAAUAUUUCAAUUUUCUUGGAAAAACACAAAAAACAAUUUUCAUUCCCACCCAAUUUCACAAAAUCCUCAAAUUUCUCAGUCAGAAGCAUCAAAUUUUCACUAUGAUAAUGCCCAAGAAUAAAUUUUAUUUCUUGCUAAUGAUUUUUUCCCUUACAAACCCAGUUUUUUCCCAGCUAGAAGAGAUUUUUUCAGAGGGAUUCAAUGAAGCCAAGAAGAACAUGAGUGUUUAUGAUGGAGCUGAGGUUGAAGAGAAUGGAAUUCUGAAAUUAACCAACAAUACGGCGCGUUUAAAAGGGCAUGCUUUUUACUCUAAUAAGAUCAAAUUCAAGAACUCAAGCACCGGUAAAAUGUUCUCAUUUUCAACCAGUUUUGCAUUUGCUAUAGUUCCUGAGUAUUUAAAGCUUGGUGGGCAUGGGUUUGCUUUUACCAUUUCACCCUCGAAGCAGCUGAGUGACUCUCUUCCGAGUCAGUUUCUUGGCCUACUGAAUGCUACCGACAAUGGUAAUUUCUCAAAUCAUAUAGUUGGUGUUGAGUUUGAUACAGUUCAAGAUUUUGAAUUUGGUGAUAUAAAUGAUAAUCAUAUUGGUGUUGAUAUAAACAGUUUGGUGUCAAAUAAAUCUGUUGCUGCUGCUUAUUUUCUUGAUAAUUCUACUAGGGUUAAUCUCACUCUUCAAAGUGGUAAGGUUAUUCAAGCUUGGAUUGACUAUGAUUCAGUGAAGAGUGUUUUACAAGUUAGGGUUUCACCUUUUUCAGUUAAACCAAGAAUGCCCAUUUUAUCAUUUGAGGUGGAUCUGUCUCCUUUCUUGAAAGAGUUUAUGUAUGUUGGGUUUUCUUCAUCUACUGGUUUGUUAGCAAGUACACAUUAUGUUCUUGGAUGGAGUUUUAGUGUUAAUGGAGUUGCAAAGUCUUUAUCUUUAUCUGCAUUGCCUAAUCUUCCUGGUCCGAAAAAGGAUCGUACUUUGUUGAUUGCGGUAGUCGCAGUUUCGUUAGUUGUUGUUGCGGUUUUGGUCGUGGUUGGAUCGGUUUUCUUGAUUAGAAAGAUGAAAGAUGGUGAUGUGAUUGAGGAUUGGGAAUUUGAUGUUGGUCCUCAUAGAUUUUCUUAUCAGGAACUGAAAAAAGCAACCCGGGGUUUCAGAGAUAAGGAGCUUCUCGGAUUUGGUGGGUUCGGCAAAGUUUAUAAAGGAACUUUGGUCAAUUCUACUGAAGUUGCUGUUAAGAGAAUCUCUCAUGAAUCGAAGCAAGGCGUGAGAGAAUUUGCUUCCGAAAUUGCUAGCAUUGGUCGUCUUAGACAUAGAAACUUGGUUCAGUUGAUGGGUUGGUGUCGCCGAAGAGUUGACUUACUACUCGUCUACGAUUUCAUGCCUAAUGGUAGCUUAGAUAAGUACUUGUUCGAUGAGGCCGACACAAUUCUCAGUUGGGAACAUAGGUUCAAUAUUAUCAAAGGUGUUGCGUCGGGUCUUCUCUAUUUGCAUGAAGAAUGGGAACAGACUGUGAUUCAUAGAGACAUAAAGGCGGGCAAUGUAUUAUUAGAUUCCGAGAUGAAUGGGAGACUUGGAGACUUCGGCCUCGCCAAGCUAUACGAGCGUGGUAGUAAUCCUAGCACCACUAGAGUCGUGGGAACAUUAGGGUACUUAGCACCAGAGCUGACAAGAACAGGCAAACCUAGUACUAGUUCAGAUGUGUUUGCCUUUGGUGCCCUUUUGCUAGAAGUUGUAUGUGGAAGGAGACCUAUUGAGCCCAAGGCAUUGCCUGAAGAGCUCAUUUUGGUGGAUUGGGUAUGGGAUAAAUGGCAAAAUGGUGCAAUUCUUGAUGUAGUUGAUUCAAGAUUGCACGGCGAGUUCAACGAGCUUGAAGCUAUUGUUGUGCUGAAACUCGGGUUGAUUUGUUCUAAUAAUUCACCCAACGCGAGGCCUACAAUGAGGCAGAUUGUGAGCUAUUUACAAGGAGAAGUAGCAUUGCCUGACGUAGUUACACCCCCCGACGCAUAUGACGCCAGAAAAGGUGAUAGUAGUAGUACUUAUGUCGAGUUUGAAGAUUAUGUGCAUUCUUAUCCUUUAUCAUCAAAUUUUGAGAAGGUUAGCACAUGGUCAUCAGGUGGUGAUUUCGGAGACGACGUCGAAGCUAGUUUAACAUCACCUCUUUCACAUUCUGAUAGAAAUGAUGGUAGAUAAUCCUGGUAAAAAAAGUUGAUUGGUAACCUUUAUUUUAUUUUAUUUUCCUGUCUAAAGAUUAAUUUUCUGUAUAAUUGUGAUAACUGGGUUCAAAAUGUAUAUGAAUCUAUCAUUAUAUGGCUUGUAGUUGUAAAUCACUCAGUAAGAAUUGCUCAUUUUUCAUUGUUCAUAAGAAA